CAUACAUAAAUUGUGAUGCAUCAUAUUCAUAGGUAAAUAUUACUUAUUAAUCCAAUAAGUUUUGCUCGUCGUUCGAUUGGUGCAGUUUUUCCUAUCGUUUUGUUAUUUUAUUGCGUUGUGAAUUGUGCAAAAAAAAAACUAUUUAAUAAGCAGAAAAUAAAAUUUCAAUGGUAUUUUGUUCGUUUUGUGUGUCGAUAAAAUCAAAAAUUUUGCAAUGCCACUGAGCAAUGUGUCUCACGACAAUGACUGAAAUCACUCACACCAAGUCACACACUUUCAUAUACAAUUCAGUAUUUUUUUUUUUGCUAACACAAUUCAUUUUCUUUGCUUGGAAAAGUGCAUUCUGUUUCUUUUUUCUUUCAUCAUCAUCGUCACAUCAUCAUCGAGAACGAAUGUUAGAUUGAAUACGGUUAAAUAAACAUAAGAAAAAUCCAGUUUCAAAGUGAACACGGCUAUGGCGAUUGAACGUAAUAAUUUCGGCGGGAGUGAACAAACAACCGACCCCGAGGAGAAUUUAAACCGUCUGAAGCACAUUUUGGAGCAUCUCACCGAUUUACAAGACGAUCCCAUCUUCGAUGACAAGCAAAUUCAAGACGAAUGCAAUCGCGUUGUGCGUGAGCUUGUAAUUAUUAGUCCAGUACCAACAUCAGCGACCAAUAUCAAAGGAUUCCAAAACUAUUUGAAUUCGGUGGGCCAAUCACUUGAGCGGAUCAUUCGACAAUCGUCAAAUCCGGAACAAAUUUUCAUCGGUUGUCUUCAAACACUUUACUGUCUCCUAGUUUCGAAUGAUUCACCAUCAGCGGGAAGUGGAAUCAUUUUCGAUAUAUACGACCAAGAUUCGAUACCCAAGGCAAUCAAAUUGUUGAUCAAAAGUACAGCAAACAUGGGUGUCGACAAUGACAAUGACUUCAAAAAAGUUACACAAACAUUAUGCACAUGGCUGCGUACGUUCAGUGGACUGAAAAAUCUAAGCCAUUGCAUCAUUUACUUCCUAGACGGAUUACGAGACCUUCAAAAAUACGCACUUCUUAUGGAAAUCGCCGAUUCAGUGAUCGAAAGACUGUGUCUAUCACUUAUCAUACCCGUAGUUAGGCCAAACAGCGUUAAAGUUUUCUCACACAUCCUUUGCUCCGCACAAUCGAGGAAGCUGUUCAUGAAAAUUGUACCACGAAUUCCGAAAGUGUUUCAAAGCAUCCAGAGCAAUAUGAAUACAUCAAAUGAUCCAUCAAUCCCGCCGGAUGUGCAAUUGUUCAUCGAUUUGGUUUCGGCUUUUGUCCGCCGAUAUGGUGAAUACGAUUUGGAUUUCAGUGAAAUUACGACCAUAUUGAAUGGCUACAAAGCAUCGGAGAAUGCAGAUACGCUGUUAAGUGUGAAACCAUGGCAUCCACCAAUCAACACAAGAGAUCCAGCGACGCCAAUUGGACUGGUCAACUUGGGAAACACGUGUUACAUGAACAGCGUACUUCAGGCUCUAUUUAUGACAAAAGAGCUCACUCAUGACAUUCUCUUGAUGAAAUUGCCGUCAAAAAUUAUCAACUACAUUCAACAGCUGAUUUCUCUGUUGUUGUACUCGGUACGGCAGGAGCUGGCACCGCAUGACGUACUUGGUCAGCGUCCGAGCAGUUUUCGUUAUGGUCAUCAGCAGGACAGCUUCGAAUAUUUGGGCUAUCUACUGGACCAAUUGCACGAAGAGGAGAAACGAUGUCUCACCUCGUCGCUGAAACCGAAUGACAAUGCGAACGGUAAAUUGACAAACGGUAACCUCAAAAUGGAGAAUGGCAAUGGUAAUGCGGAGCAAAUGGAUGUUGAUGAUAACAAUAUGUUAAAUCAAACGAUUGCUAUUGACUCACCACCACUCACCGACGACUCAGACGAUGCAAUCAAUCCGGAUGAUUCAAAGGCGGCCGUCACCAAUGCGGUCCGAACAAUGAUCCAGAAAUUGUUUGGCGGUCGUUUGUCUGUCAACUAUAAAUGCCUUAAUUGUUCCACACAGAGCACAAACAUCGACAAUUUCUUCGAUUUACAAUUAUCAUUUCCACAACUACAACAGUCGACCGGCGAUUCGUUGAAAACGAGCCCAUUAAUCGAUAAAACUAGCUACACAACACAAAUGCUACUGAACUCAUAUUUUGCCACCGAACAAAUGAUCAACGACGACAAAUACUUUUGUGAUAAAUGCAAGGCGCUGUGCGAUGGCGAACGUCACAUCACACUGGAAGAGGGCCCAUCGAAUUUAAUUUUGGUGAUUAAACAUUUCAAAUAUGAUCGCAACUAUCAUGUGCGCAGAAAAUUAUUGCAUAAAGUGCAUCAUGACGAGGUGAUUUCACUUGUGGCCCGAACAAAAGACGGAUGCUAUCGUAUAAAGUACAAAUUGUAUGCGGUCAUUGUGCAUUGCGGCAUGAACAUCGAUUCCGGCCAUUACUAUACAUUCGCAAUAAAUUCAUCGGAUGAAUGGUACAAAUUCAAUGACAGCCACAUCAGUCGCAGUUCGUUUAGCGAUAUCAAAAAUCUGAGCAGUUUGAACACACCGUACAUUUUAUUCUACGAGUUUGUCAACAAGGAGAAAAUCACCGAAAGCGAUAUCGUCAAUCAAACGGAUUUGGAAACAGCCACACAGCUAGCAACAAAUGAGAUUUCACGCAAGCGAAAAGCCGAAUCGCCCCGUUUUGACGAUCUACCACCCAAAUUGCAGGAGUUCGUUAACCGAGACAAUCGCACAUAUGCCGACCAGUUUCGUAGCAAAUUUCUAAACGGCAACGAAAUGGUCAAGAAUUACUACAAUAAACAUCGCAAAUCCGAUAAUGACCAAGAUCCACCGAAUUCCUGCGGCGGCAACAUUGUUGAACCAUCGAACGGAUACAUUUACUAAAACAGCGCCAAAACCGAUUCCGAUUUCAAUGCGAUAAUCAGAUUCCGCGUCGGCCAUUCAAAACAUACGUUAUACGUUAUACUAGACUACUAGACACCGGCUACUUGUUAUUAUUUAUAACUUUUGUAAUAAAUCAUGAUAAUUUGUUUGUAAAAUAAUGAAGAAAAAAACAACACAAACGAGAUAAAUCAAAUGUUCUAGGAAUUUAUGAUAAUAAAAUAAAACAAAUUUCAAAUAAUUAUCCACCUA